CUUUGAGAUUCGAUAAGACGGGCGGUCUGUGAGUCGGCUGGAGGAUCUGGCGAGCGCAGCGAGGCUUCCUUCUCAAUGGCAUGUUUCUGGCCUGCUGGCAAUGUUGAUGCUGCAGUGGCGGUGGCAUAACAUCGUCGCGCACUGCUCUGCGCGACAAAUCGCUGCUGUCCGAGAACCGCAGCCAUACGCUUGCUACAGGUCCGGAGAGACAUGCCGGUGGCUUGUUACGUGCUUGCGCACUUCUUGCAACGCUCGAUCUGAUAUGCACGAGCACUUGCAGCUGAGAGGUUGAGCGCAAUGGCGACACGGCGUGGGCAGCUUUUCUGUUUCACCUGCAGAUCAGCCCAGUCAUGCCCAGAGAUCCGACAAGCUCUCGGAUCACGGCACAACGCGCCUGGUAGAUCAUCACAGAUAGUUCUAUUAUAUUAGUGAUCGUUGUUCCCAGCAUAUUUACUUCGUCUCUGCCGCCUCCACGUUAAAGGAUGUAUCGCUCAACAGCGUCUGCCUCCGUUCACCAAUUUUCAAGUGCGAUUGAACAUUCCCUGUGGAAAUCCGGACACGACACGAGAUCUGGUCGGGCAUCAUUUUUUCCCUGCAUCCGGCGAAGGCAGUACUAUCGGGAGCUUCGACUGUCGCGGAGUGGAAGCCGACACAACAUGUCAGCUGAUUACAGGCCACUUGUCACCCAAUUCCCGUCCGCUCUGGUAGAUGAUGAAGGUUUCCGACCAGCAGACUUCGCUAGACGACACACGAUGAGCAGAAAUCCCUAUCGAUACCGCCUUGAAGCUUCAGAAUCCACUUUCAGUCUUUACGCCGGCCAGUCCGCUCACUUCCACAGCCAUGUCCGAGGGAGCUUGAAUGCCUAGACCUUGGCAAAUCCCGGUGGCUUGCAGUAAAGCAGCGACUGGGCAGCUCGUGCCGGACUGAUCUGCCAGAUACAGAUAUCUUCCGACGAGAGGCACCGAGACCAAAGAAUGUCACCCAUCCUCGGUCCUGCUUUGCUCAUGAAAUGCCUUUGGACCGUCGCAGCUACGAGCUCCAUGAGCGGGAACAAAAUGAGCACCUUCUCAAGGAUCUUUCCGUGGACGCCUUACAAAUUACGUAGGGCGCCGACAGUCGUCCAGGACUGAGGAGCUCGCUGUCGCAGAUACUUCAGAGGCCAAGUUCUAGCUUCGGAGCCAGGUGCGGGUCCUGCAGCGUACACCUGGGCACAUGAGCAACUCUGCGGUCUUGUCUCCCGCGGAGCGGAUGCGGUGCAGACUUCUAGAAAAUCUCACGCCGAGGGAGAUAUGGCAUCGGUCCAAUUGACGAGUGUUGAUGUGCAUGUCGUAUGCACGCUCACUUCGAACGGUCUGGACUCAGCCUGGCCGCCACGCGCCAAAUAAGCUUGCCAUUAGGCUCGCUUGGCCUCAGCACUUAUCUGGAGAAAUAUCUGGGGCAGAAACUGCCCCAUCGAUGUGCCGUAUGCAAUGUGCGGUGCCGUGGCUUUUGUUGGGCGUCGUGUGAUUUCCAAGCACGCGUUGUCAUGCGGCAAAUGCGGGUUAUCUAGAGAUGGGAAGAUGGAGGCUUGCAAUGGUGGUGGCCCGUGGAUCAAGCCAAGUCGCCUUCUAUGCUUGGGAUUUUCUUAUAAGGUCGCCUUAUCUCUUGACGUGCGAGGGUAGAGACGUGUAUCAGAGGUCUCCAUCGAGCCGCCUGGGCCCCUUUUCACUUUGAGCCCUAGCACACCUCGACGAUAAACACCAUGGCCGACGUCGAAAAAGUCGGUGCUGUAUCCACCAUCGAGAGAACGAUCUCGGACGACUCCUUGGUCGCAGAUGCGCGUCUCGCAGAAUUCACGCCUGCCGAGGCGAAGAAGCUGAUAUGGCGAAUCGAUGUGCGCCUUGUCCUUACGCUUGGUUUCAUGUACUGCGUAUCAUUGAUGGAUAGGACCAAUCUCGGCAUUGCGGUUGUUGCUGGUAUGGGCGUCGACCUCAAGCUGAUCGGCUUUCGCUAUUCGACUCUUGUCCUGGUCUUCUUCAUCACCUACGUCUUCCUCCAACCUCCCGCUACCGUCGUGCUUCGAAAGGUGGGACCGAGAAUAUUCUUGCCAAGUAUCACUAUGCUAUGGGGAAUCACGAUGAUCACAUUCGGCUUCGUAAAGUCGUGGACAGAUAUGCUCCCUCUUCGUUUGGUCCUUGGUAUUUUUGAAGCGGGCUUCUUUCCGGGCUGCGCCUAUUUGUUGUCCUGCUGGUACCCUCGCUACGAGCUGCAGAAGCGUUACGCUGUCUUCUACCUUAUCGGCAGCUUGUCCAGCGCCUUCUCCGGCAUCCUCGCCUACGGCUUCGCUCAUAUGGACGGGCUUGGCGACCUUGGUUCCGCAUACGGUCAACACUAUGGCCCAACCAAGGCCAACCCAGAUAUUAAGCCCGGUAUCAUGCCUGGAAUUGCGGGAUGGAGAUGGAUCUUCAUCAUGCAAGGCCUCCUCACUGUCAUCGUCGCUAUGAUCGGAGCUUUCACAAUCGCAGACUUCCCCGAAAAGGCCGCCCGCAAGUCCAAGUCCUUUGCUCUGUCUUUCCUCACCGAGAAGGAAGCCAACUUCGUCGUGGCCCGCAUUGAGAAAGACCGACACGAUGCUAUCGCUGAGCCUUUCCACCUGGCGACAUACCUCCGCUGCGCAGCUGACUCUAAGAUUUGGGGCUUCGCAUCCCUCUUCAUGUUGACCACAACCAGCACAUACGCGAUCGCCUACUUCCUGCCAAUCAUUCUCCAUGAGAGCAUGGGCUACGAUGCCGCAAUGGCUGAGUGUUUGAUCGCACCGCCUUACGUCGUCGCUGCACUCUGGAUGUUCGCCUGUGCCUGGUAUGGCGACAAACACCACAUCCGAGGCCCAAUAAUCGUCAUUAAUGCUCUCCUUGGAAUCGUUGGAUUGCCUUUGCUCGGCUUUUGCGAGAACGCUGGUCUGCGUUACUUUGGUGUCUUCCUCGCAACGACGAGCUGCAACGCAAAUGUACCAGCGAUCUUGAGUUACCAGGCCAACAAUCUUCGUGGCCAGUGGAAGCGUGCACUUGCCUCAGCAACCCUAGUGGGUGCCGGUGGUAUUGGUGGCAUCAUUGGCUCGACCGUCUUUCGCAGCCAGGACAAGCCCGGAUACAAACCAGGUAUUUACACAUGUAUCAUCGCAUGUGCCUUGAUCGUUCUUAUUACUUGCGUGAUGGAGCUUAAGUUUCACCGUGCCAACAAGCGUGCUGCGGCAGGCGGAAAGGUCAUCGAGGGGCUUGCUGGAUUCCGAUACACUCUGUAGAUAGUCACAGAUGACUACAGUGAUUAAAGAAGACAUUGCCAUUUC